AUGGCGGCAAUUACUUUAUUGAAUCCGAAAGCCGAAGUUGUGAGAAAAACAGAAGCUUUGUCUAUGAACCAGAGUGCAGCUAAAGGUUUACAAGACGUCAUGAAGACAAAUCUCGGUCCACGAGGUACCAUGAAAAUGUUAGUUUCAGGUGCUGGUGACAUUAAAAUUACUAAAGACGGUAAUGUUUUGCUGAAGGAAAUGCAAAUACAGCAUCCUACAGCUUCUCUUAUUGCCAGAACUUCUACAGCUAUGGAUGACAUUACCGGUGAUGGAACUACCUCCACAGUCUUACUUAUUGCUGAAUUAUUAAAGAAAGCCGACAAUUAUAUUAUUGAAGGUGUGCAUCCUAGGUUAAUUACUGAAGGUUUCACUGUUGCUUGUAAACACGCCAUGGAAGUUUUGGAUAGUAUGAAGAAAACAGUUAGUCUUGAUGAUAAGGAAACUCUUAUUGCUGUUGCUAGAACAGCUCUUAAUACAAAGGUAGAGUCUAAAGUAGCCGAGGUAUUAACCCAGAUUUGUGUUGAAGCUGUGCAAGCUAUCAAACUCCCUGAUAAACCCCUAGAUUUACACAUGAUUGAAAUUAUGACAAUGCAGAGCCGUCUUGAAUCUGAAACCAGAUUAGUUAGAGGGCUUGUCUUAGAUCAUGGUUCACGCCACCCUAAUAUGCCCAAGAAACUAACCAAUGCUUAUAUUCUAACGUGUAACGUAAGUCUUGAAUUUGAGAAAACAGAGAUAAAUAGUGGGUUUUUCUAUAAAUCAGCACAGGAAAGAGAGAAACUGGUCGCAUCCGAAAGAGAGUUCAUUGAGUUAAGAGUUGCAAAAAUUAUUGCUUUGAAGAAAUCUGUAUGUGAUGGAACAGACAAAGGAUUUGUUGUCAUUAAUCAGAAAGGUAUUGAUCCUGUCUCUUUGGAUAUGCUAGCUAGAGAAGGAAUAAUGGCUCUCAGGCGAGCCAAAAGAAGAAAUAUGGAGAGACUAACUUUAGCUUGUGGUGGAGUAGCGAUGAAUAGCCUUGAUGAUCUCACUGAAGAUUGUCUUGGACGAGCAGGUCUCGUUUAUGAGCAUGUUCUUGGAGAAACUAAGUAUACAUUUGUGUCUGAUUGCCCAAACCCUCAUAGCGUCACUGUACUUGUUCAUGGCCCGACUUCAUAUGCCAUUACUCAAAUUCAAGAUGCUCUUCGGGAUGGUUUGAGAGCUGUCAAAAAUGCAGUUGAAGAUGGUGGUGUACUUCCAGGCGGAGGAGCAGUAGAAUUAAAAUUACGCCAUGAAUUGAAAAAAGUUGCUGAGAAAACUAAGGAAAAGUAUCGUGUUGGAAUUGAGGCCUUCUGUGAUGCACUCCUGGUUAUUCCCAAAACCCUCGCAAUGAAUAGUGGAUUCAACACUCAAGAAGUAAUUACACAACUUGAUUAUGAUGCAAAGGAGAAUGAUUCAAUCGGAUUGGAUCUUCAAACUGGCAAGUCGAUGAUCCCUACUGAUUUAGGAAUCCUUGACAACUAUUCUGUAAAAAAACAGUACAUAGCUUCAAGUGUCAUUGUAGCAAGUAAUCUGCUCCUUGUUGAUGAAGUUAUGAGAGCUGGAAUGUCAUCUUUAAAAGGAUAA